GUAGACUACUCCACCAUGGCCCCCUCUUUCGUAGUCUUGUUUAAGCUUAAUUCAAUUAAAAGAAACAGUUCUUUGAGUGGUGCAACUAACGAAAGUAUCAAUGUAUUCACAGAAAAUUUUAGUUCUUUAAUGGCAGCAAAAGCAGCAACACUUCGUUGGAUUGUUCAACUUCACAAGGAUGUUCCAAAGGCAGCACGUUUUUACUCAGAUGGUCUGGGCUUCACUGUCAAUGUCUGCACUCUCAAAUGGGCAGAGCUUCAGUCAGGCCCUCUCACAAUUGCCCUCAUGCAGGCGCCGAAAGAUUUGGCAGCUCAGAAAAGCAAUAAUUCUUUCCUUUCGUUCACUGUGCCUGACUUAAAUAACACAAUAACAAGAUUAAUUUCAAUGGGAGCUGAGCUUGAUGGAUCCAUCAAGUAUGAAAUACAUGGAAAGGUUGCAGCUGUACGCUGCUUGGAUGGGCAUAUGUUGGGCCUCUAUGAGCCUGCAUGAUUCAGAAGGUUGGAAAGCUUUACCUGCAGCCGCUUGUAAUGGAGUUGAAUAUAAGGCUGCUUUGUUUGAAACUUGUUAUUCAGACUACUGUUGCUUGCAGGUUAGAGAACCAGAACAAAUGUUCAUUUUCACAGCCAAAUUUGCUGAUGUAUUGAGAAGGGUUGAAAUAUUCUGUACUUUUGGUGGCAGAAUGGUUCCUUUCAGUCCAAUUUUUUUGUGGGGUUUUUUAAUAAAGGGCAACAUGGCUGCUGACAAGUAUCUAAGAAGAUGCGAUGGAAAGUAUAUGCCAUAAUCCUUCAAAUUUGUAAUUGGGCUGAUUAUAAGAAGGCUUAAAUUUUUUUAUAAUGAUUCUGUUGUUUGAGUAAUUAUACUCAUUUGCACUAGUGCAAUAUAUGUGGAAGUCACAUAUUGGUAUAUGACAGAAAGGACAAGCAAAUGGAAUGAAAAGAUAAUUACAUA